UGUUUAUUGAAUUUCCGUAGUUCUGUAGCUCACUACAUUCAAGCCCAUUAACUUCGUCUUCUACCUCUACUUUCUGUUUUCAGAUAAUUAAAAAAUCCGAUUCUUUAAUCGGAAUUUGUUUUUUGCGGCCCGGUUCACUUCGGAUCUCUGAUUAUUUUAUUUUUUAAAGGAAAAGCAGUAAUUAUAGUAAUCGUAAAAAGAUGGACUUACCGGAGUUAUGGGCGAUCUUCGGUCCAGGAGUAGCAGGAGCUGUAUUUGGAGCCGGUUGGUGGUUUUGGGUUGACGCCGUUGUUUGUAGCGCCGUUAAAAUUUCAUUUGUUCAUUACCUUCCUGGGAUAUUUGCAUCUAUUGCAGCUUUGAUGUUUAAUUGUGUUAGGAAGGAAGAUAUUGACUACUCUCCAUAUGAAGAAGGCGAGUGGCGAUUGAAGCUUUGGCUUUUCUUUGCUUACGUGGUAUCCUUCGUUUCUCUAGCGGCAUCAGUGGGCUUAUUAAUACAAGAUUCACUCGUCAAAUCUGGGCCUUCAGUAUGGGCAGGAACUGCAGGUGUAUUGCAAUGUGUAUCUGUGUUGAUAAGUGGGCUAAUUUAUUGGACUUCGCACUCGGAAUGAAAUGUGAAAUUGUAUGUAUCAUUUAGGGAUGAAAUAGAGUCAUCUCCUGCUUACAAGCUGCCUAUCAGAAUCUGGAGAAUUGAUAGUAUUCUAAGCAAGUCUACUAAAAUUUAUGGUGGUGGUUGUCCUUGAGUCUGUUCAUAAAAAAAUCUAAACUCAUUUACACUGGUUUUUCUUGAUUGUUUUAUGUAUCCUUAUGCGUUGUUUGUCGUAUAAAUUUAUUGCAUCUCCAGGAAAAAGGUAUUUACUGCACUUCUGUAUAAUACAAUAUCAUUAUGUAAAUGCGAAGUAAUAUUUCAGGAAUUAAACUCUCAAAAAAGCAUCAGUGUUUCUAAUUGAUGCAUUUGUCA